CGAAACCAAGCGAGUUGAUUGAUUGGUGUAAUUUCACUGCAAAAUUGAUAAGGGAUUAUAGGUGUCAAUAUAUCAUUAACUUUAAACCUUUUUCCUCCAAGUUGUCAAAAUGGCAUUGGCCGCAGUACAAAAAGUUCCCUUCACGCUUUUUCCUACUGAGGGUAAAAUCCCAUCUAUUUAAUCCAACAUUACUUUGAUUAAAUUUUCUCACACCACUCCUAGUCAAGUAAUUAAGGCAUAUAUACUAUAUAGCAACUUUGUUUAGAGUAAAAACAAUAUCCAAUAUCAUGAAGUCAACCUUUCUGAUGAUGAUUCUCCUUAUUGGCUUUGUGCUGAUGAUUAUGGGUUCUUCUUUCCAAGAAGUCAACGCGAGAAGGGUUUCUCUGAAGGCUGAAGAACAGGCUGAUCAAACCAAGAAUAUUGUUGGUGGCCGGAAAAUUUCACCACAAAAAGGACUAGCAAGUAGUGAGCAGAAUGAAAGCCCUGAAAAUGAGCACAAGAAAGGGACGGUAGCUGAUCAGAAGGAAAGUGUCGCCGCCGCCGCCAACGACGACGAAAGAGAUCCUAAUCCAUCAUAUCGGCAACGCUACUUCAAGUGCGAGAUGCCGUACCAGUGCGUCAAUAGUUAGAUGCUUGUGAAGAGUGUCUUUUGUAAUUUGCAUGAUUGCAUAUGGUUUCCAGAGUAUAUACAAUAUGAGUUUCAUCAUAUAUGUGUAUAUAUAGGUUUAUGCAUGGUUCAGUUUUGAUUUCUCUGUUUAAUUUCACCUGUGUUAUACAUAUAUAUGUUGAUGUAUCUGAUAAAAAUUGGCUAUCAGUAUAAGUGGCUCUUUUUUUUUUUUUUUUGUGGUAAAGCCAGGAACCUCACCAAAGAUGGUAAACUGCAGUAAUUUGCAAAAUGACAGUGAAAUGUAAAAUCACCCAAGAAAAUAUAAG